CAGGAAGUGAAACAGAGACGUGAAGAUCAAAGAGGAGGCACAGAGACUCAGGGAGGAGCCGAGCUGUUCCUGAACUACAGAAGAGACAAAAACUGAAAUAUUCAGCAGAGAUCAGCUUACAGAUCAGAAACAUUUCCUCCAACAUGCUGUCACUGGACUCUGCUACAGUUUCUCUACUGAUGCUCACUCUCCUAACAGGCGUCAGCUGUCAGCAACUCACCCCAGACAAGAAAGAAGAGUCCAGUUUAGAAGGCAGCACUGUUACUCUGUCCUACACUUACAAAGUGUCACCUGGAGAUUAUUUCUUCUGGUAUCGACAUUAUCCAGGAAAAGCACCAGAAGUCCUGAUUUCACACACACCUUCAGGAUCAGUAGGAAUAGAAAAAAUUGCUGGCCUGAAGAUUCAAGUGGAGGGAAACCAAAUCAAAAUGAGCAUCAUCUCUGCUGCAGUGACAGACUCUGCUGUGUACUACUGUGCUGUGCAGCCCACAGGAGGAACCGGCAGACUGUAUUUUGGUAAAGGAACUAAACUGAUCGUAGAAACUGGGACAGAGUAUAAGCCGGCCUAUUUCAAAGUGGGAGAAGGAGAGAACUCGGCAUGCCUGGCAACUGGGUUCAGCAAACACAACGCAACAAAUGAACAUGAAAAGUAUAGAAAGGAAUUCAACGAGACAAAAGCUGUUGCAAUAUCACCAAACUUGGAUCUGUACAACCAGGUGAUUUUUCCAGAAGAUGGUGGAAAGUAUUGUGAAGCAGGAGGAACAGAAGGUAAAUGUACAGAUUCUUUAGUGCCAGAUGAGAAGGUGAACCUUAUGUCUUUGACCAUCCUGGGCCUCAGAGUGAUCUUCAUCAAGACCAUCAUCUUUAACAUCCUACUGACUCUGCGGCUGUGGAUAAGCCAGUAAACUGGAGAGGGUUGAGCAGAAAAAAGAAAACCAGGAAGAUGAUGAUUCAUAGGACAACUUUGUGAUGAAACAUGAAGUUCACUGAGCUUCAGUGUGUUUAUCUGCAUAAAACAUUUAUAAAUAUUAUUUCACUCGUUCAUCACACCACUUGUUAAUAACUCUCUUUAGAAGCUGUUCUGUAUUAUCUGUAAUAUUGAUUGUUCAAAAAAAGUGUAAAGCUUUCUGUUUCUGUUGUUGUUUGUAUUAUUUUUACAUAUUGUCACUGAUGUUUUUGAUGAAUGAAUUUCUUCUUAAUGAUGCCACAGUUACAUUUAACAA